CCCUCGGAGGAACUAGUCGAAAUGGCCGGGGUCGCCGGCAUCGACUACGUGUUCAUUGACUGUGAACACGGCCCCGCGGAUCUUAUUGCCUUGAGACAGCACAUCACAGUUGCAGAACUGCACGGCAUGGAUGUGCUGGUGCGCGUCGGGCAAAACGAGCCAGCGCUGAUCCAGCGGGUUCUCGACCACGGAGCAACAGGAAUUGUCGUGCCGCACAUCGACAACGCGGAACAGGCUCGCGCGGUGGUUCAGCAAGCCCGGUACGCCCCGAUCGGCGACCGAGGCUUCGCCACAUACGGGCGGGCCGGACGUUUCGGGCAGGUGCCGGCCCGCGAACACUUGCAGGCAGAUGCCGACCGAACCAUCGUAAUCGUGAUGAUCGAAUCCCACACCGGCUGCACCAACACCGAAGAGAUACUGGCAGUCCCUGGCAUCGACGGCGUUAUGGGCGGACCUGCCGACCUCGCCUUGUCAUUCGGCGUUGACGGACCAUCAGAUGAGAGAGUCACCGAAGCGCUCGGAGCGCUACACACACUGACGCAUGACUACAACAAAUUACGGAUGGAAAUAGUUUCGGGUGCCGCACAGAUU